AUGUGUCCCCAGCAGCCGGUGAAGGAGGUGCCUCCCCAGCCUCGCUACCCCACCCCGCCCCUGGCAUCAUCCUCACCUUUGACCCCGAUAUACUCCCCCUCAAUGAGAAACGCCAGUGGCUCCAUGCAACAUGUACAGGUGGCCUCUUCUGUUGUUGGCUCCUUUAAUUUGCUGAAGCCUCCAGAGAGGGACCAAACCCUGUUCUCCCAGAUGAAGUCUAUCAAGUCUCUGAGACAGGCUGGGAUCACUGCUGUCUUCACUGGACAAAACAGGGCUGACAGUGAGGGGGAGCUACUGGAGCUCAUUCCCAUAGAGGAGGUGAUCCUGGCGGACAUAGACUCUCUGGUGCCCACCCACGACGAGAGUGGCCGGCCCAUUGCAGAGUGGAAGAGGCAGGUUAUGGUGCGUCAACUCAAGGCCAGGUUACAGGACGAGGAGGAGCAAAGGAUGAAGGACAUGGCCAAUAGCUACACUGAAGCAGAUGGUUGGAAGUACUCACAGGCCCACAACGCCAUCCUGGGCCCGUUCGGCGAGCUGCUGACUGAGGACGACCUGCUCUACCUUGAGAGGCAGAUUGAGAACGUGUCCAUGCAGAAGCGCUGCCAGGCCUACGAGCUGGAGCUGGCACGUCUCACCGAGGAGCUCCGCGCCAUCCUACCCGACCCCAUCGCCAACAUUACUGUCAACAAUGAGUUCCUCCAGCAGAUGGACGCAGACGGACAUCUACCUCUUCCUGUGUGGUGUAGUCGUGUCUCUGGCAUUGUCAAGAGCAUGUACCAACUCCUGGCCAGUCUGACGCGCCGAGAUGAGGAAAGGGGCAUGUGUAGGCUUCAGCGUGUUGAGAUGGUGUCAUCCUUCAGCCACCGCUUGGAGAGCCAGAGCUACGGCAAAGGGAGGAGGGAGAGGGUGGAGAGGGAGAUCCAGCAGUCCGGGGUGUCGGUGAGGAGUUUGAGGUCCAACUUUGAAGGUCAAAUUGGGGGGAUUUACCCGUUUGGGGGGUUUGUGAAUGACUCGCAUCGACCGGUCACAAGGAGCCAGACUCCGAGAGGGAGGUUGGAAGCUUCUGAGUUAGCUGUUCAAACCCCUAACACCGCUCUAGGCUGUGAACUUGAACUAGCCCGCCAUGACAUCCCUACCCCAAUCCGGGUCAUGGAGACGACCAGCCUGAGAAAAGAACGCAUUGUCGUCCUGUUCUUGAGCCACUGGAAGAAGUCAGCAUACGCCAUCUCUGUGAGAGCCAGGGUGAGAAAGGAGGCAACAACAAUACAAUCAGGGAUACAAAAUUGGACGACACAAACGGGGACGCCACACCGGACCAGCUCUCUCUUUCUCUUAUACCGCCAAAAAACUGCAGUAGACAAGAUGCUCAACACCUGGCGGAGCGCCAAAAUACAGUCUUUGCCGGUAUCGCCAAGCCAGUGGUGCCCCACCACCUAUUCCCCCGAGCACUUCCUGCCUCUCCAGGUGGACGGGGCGCCGGUUGCCUACGACAGCCUGACCCUUGACCUUUUCAUGCUGGGCUACUUCCACAUCCUGGAGCAGGAUUUGCUGGCUGAGGAGCGGAAAAUGAGGCACCUGCUGUGCUUCGAGGUCUUCGAUCACGUAGGUUGUUUCCCAUGGGAGACCGUCAGGGACUUCCACAAGGCCAUCCUCCAGGAGAUCCAAGAAGGGAAGCGGCAGUGGAGUGAUGGAUUUGAGGACAUCAAAGCCAGGUUCUUUGGGAAUGCUGCAGUACCUGGAAGGUACCAUCCUGGGGUUGCCAGAGAGUGCCAGUAUCCAGACACAAGGCUAGUGCCCAAGGUCAUAGUGCAAACUGCCACUCCGGAAGAAGAAGAGCUUCUCAAGUGUAGCAGCGGCACGGACUUCUCUUGUUUCAGCAAUGAUGAGAUCUGUAAAUACAUCGACCGAAGCUUUGCUUUCUGGAAGGAGAAAGAAGCUGAGCUGUUUGAUUUCAAACACUAGUCCUUGUUUCACUUUGUCUUUUGAUAUUUUUGUAUAACGCUGUUGCAUUUCUAGAUUUUUCUUUGCUAAUCGGGUGCUUUCAGAGAGUAAAGUGGAAGAUUGAAUGCUCUGAAUUUAAUUUAUGAGUGUGCGUACAUGUUAUGCAAUUGUGAAUCAAUUGAAAGAAGCCGAGUCUACUGUAAUUAAAUCCAAAUCCAAAUCGUUUUUGGCAUGAAUCUGCUUCCAUAAUGAGUAUAUUAUGAUAUCGAUACUGCAAAUGGUAAGACCAAGAGCAUACAUCCCUACAACAUAACCUAAGGUCUUCCCACGCCCAGGGUACAACAUUAUUUACUGCAGUACAACAUGAUUUACUGCAGCUCAAACUGUUUCUUAUUGAACCACUACAACACUAAAGUACCUUAUGUUGAAUGACCUUUGAAGGAUCAAGUUCUCUGGAUGUUCUCUGAUGUUAAGCCAUUCUUCUGUUGG